AUGGCGCCAGUCGUGACGGCCAUCCAGCCGCCUUCUGUCGCGUCCAAGAUUAAGCGUCCUGUGCCCCCCGGCAUCCAGACCAAUGGAGCGAGUUCUAUCCGAUCAUCGCCAUCGCCUUCAAUGUCGACAAAGAAGCCUCCCAACUCUGCGACAACGAAUGGCGCGAAUCCGCAAUCAGCGCGGCCUAUCAAUCGCACGCGCCGUGAACAGUCAGCCCAAGGCAGUCGCAUUUCUAGGAACAGUGUGGGACUCCGAUCGGCGUCGCUCGUCGGCGAUAUGGCAGCCGCCCAGCCUUCAGAGCCGUUACCAUAUAUUGUGACGGAUGAAUACAUCUUGAAGAAGUUCGCAGGCAACGCACCUUCCCUCGUCGUACACAUGCACGCAACGCAUUUCCGAUUCGAUCAGCAGGACGGCAUCUUCCCAUACAAGUCCCCAAUGCGUUUGUUCUUGGAGCACUUGCGCGAGCGCACCGUACCUCACGACCUCAUCGAAUACUUCUCAGAAGCGGGUGUCCCUUUCUACGAGGGAUGCUUGAUCGUUCAGGUGCAUGAUCACAAAUCUGUCGCUCAAUCUAAGGAAGUCCAGCGACCAACAUCGGCUUCGAGCAAAGUUGUGCCAUCCUCUAUUCACAACCACAACCCAUAUAUCGUACCUUCACCAUACGUUCCUUAUCCCAAAGAGUCUCUCGGUGCGCAGCCUGAUGCUGCAUCCGCUACACAGGAGGACACGAAACCCAAAACUGCAGAGGAGAAGGAUAAACAGAGCAUGCCGGCACCUAGUCUGCCUGGUGAAGGUCAAAAGAGCAAGAUACCCUCAAAGCCCAAGACUUUCACUGUCGUACUCCACCCUACACCUGAAAGCCUCCAGGCAGACCUGAUGAUCAAGGCUGCAACGCCUCGAGGCGCGGCAGGAAAUGUGGAAGGCACUGGCGCUGUACCCCCGUCAACGCCGAUUACUAUGGUGCCCCCAACUCCUACUGCAGGCAGCAUGCCUCCUCCUGCCAAGAAGCAGAAGCGUGAGCGCAUGGAGCUCGAUGGAAGCAAUAUAUACCAAGCAGAGUCACAGAUCUUGCUUGCGACCAAUGCUCCCCUGAUUCUCGAGCCAACCCGAGAUACCGAAGAGACUAUUGCUUUGCUCGAUGCGUUGGCACACCCCCAGCACUCCGACUCGCCCCCUCAGCCCAAAACUCGCAAGAGAACCGUGGCAGAGAUGGCUGCCGACGAGGCCGCCGCAGCAGAACAGGAAAGAUACAUGCUUAUCUUGGACGAGCGCCUCUCAUCGGCUGCCAACGGUACCCAAGGCGGGGCCAACGGAGCGGACAAAGAAGGCCAAGCUGUUGUGUCUACGUUCGAGCCAAGAUUCGAGCGGUUCAAGGUCAUCGCUGACAUCAAGAGAGAGCACGAGGAGAGGAAGGAGCAAGAGAAGGUCGAAGCGGCCGCGAAAGAACGCCAGCUUGCACAAGAGAAGCAAAAGCAGAUGCAGGAACAACAAGCGGUCAUUGCGGCACAGCGCCAGGCGGAACAAGAGAAGAUGCGGCGCGAACAUCAAAUGGCCCAAGAACUCAAAGCUCGCCAAGAACAACAGCAGAGAGAGGCACAGAGACGGGCUAUGGCUGCACAGGCUGCUGCGAACCAGGCCGCCCAGAACAAUCAAAAUGCUGCGGCAAACCUGGCACAGCAGCAGCAGCAGCAGCAACAACAACAGCAACAGCAACAGCAACAGCAACAACAACAACAGCAGCAGCAACAGCAGCAGCAGGCGAAUGUUGCUAUGCCAAACGGUACAUCCGGUGCAAUGCCAAAUGGCGUUCCGGCUCAGACCCAGGCACGUUUCUCUCAAGCAUCGCAACCGCCUGUGUCUCCCGUCGUCAGACAGGGCACACCCCACAGCAUGUCAUCUCCCAUGCCUGGUGCUGUGCCUAUGCAGCAGAACAACUCUCAGAUGGCCAACAGCCCGCCGCGCCCGCCAUCAGCCGUUCAAGGCCACCCGCCCAACGUUGGAGGAGUCCCAAUGGCGCACAGCAUGUCUGCUCGCGCCAGCCAGCAGAGUCACCAGGCUGCCACACCGCGCAUCCAGCACGGUACGCCAAACAUGCAGGGAACACCCGUGCCUCGCCCGGCAGUGGCUGCAACGCCUCGUAUGAAUCAGGCAAGCCCACCUCCCAAUAUGAUGCAGUCAAACUCUCAGAUGGGCCAACACGUCAUGAUGGGUACUCCCGGUGCUAUGCCACAAGCUGCGCAUAACCCCAAUAUGAUUGCCGCACAGGUUGCCCAACAACAACGAGCCAUUCAGCAGCAGCAAAUGGCUGCCGCGAUGCAAAAUGGCAUGGGUAACAUGAUGAACGGCAACAUGAACCCACAGCAGAUGACACCUCAGCAACAGCAGUACAUGCAGCAGCAAAUGCAGCACAGACUCAUGAUGCAGCAGCAGCAGCAGCAGCAGCAGCAGCGCGGCAACCUGGGCGGCAACAUGAGCAACAUGAUGAACCAGCAACUGGCGCAGAGAUACGCUCAGCAACUCAGCCAGAUGGGCGCCAGCAACAUGAACGGUGGUCAAAUGACGCCGCAGAUGCAAGCACAGCUUCAGGCACAAAUCCAGGCGCAAAUGAAUCCGAUGCAGCGCCAGAUGGCCGGCGGCGGCCAGAACAUGAUGAACGGCCAGAAUAUGAAUAUGCAGGCUAUGAUGCAGAUGCAGCAGCAGCAAGCAAUGAACAGUAACAACGCAUUGACGAACCAAGUCAAGCUGCAAGGUCAAGCGAUAUACAAUAAGCAGAUCGCCAAUCUUGCCGCUAAGUGGGGUGGUGCUGUUGAGAAUAUUCCGCCUGAGCAGAUGGAGGCCUUUAAGAGAAACUGUAUGAUGGAGGCAAAGAAUCAGAUUCAGAGCGUUCUUGCCCAGCGCAGGGCUCAUCAGGUCAUGAUGCAGCAGCAGCAACAGCAGCAGCAGCAACAACAGAUGCAAGGCAUGGGCGGCAUGAUGGGACCUCACGGCAUGUAG